CAUACAACGACUAUCCAAAUGAUUUGGAGACGCACUUCACAAAGCAAUUGUAGCUUCCAGUCUAAUUUGCUGUGUGAAAUGGCAGGUGAUACUUUGAAGGCUUAAUCAUUUCAAUGAUCUAUUCACAUUGUCUGUGUGUGCUUUGCUCUCAAAGCACAGCGUGUUUGGAUGGGAACAUUUGGGUUCUUCCUGAAGAAUACCUCCAAAAGCUUUGCUAUAAAAACAUGUUUUUCAUUCUGGUUGGUACAGACUUCUCCCAACCCUCAUUUAGAAUUGUUCUGCCAGCAAUUCAGCAUUGACAUUGUGUUUUACCAGCAUAACUAAAUAGCUUCCUAAUAACAAGGGGACACAGAGUUUUAUGGCUUAUCAAAUGUUUUAAAUAUUUUUAUAGAUUCUGCUACCCAAGAGUUCAUGGAAGAAAAAUCUUUCUUCUGCCGCUUCAGUGCAGGAAAAGUGAAUAUAAAUGAGAAUCAUUACCAUCCAUUUCGUAUGACACCAUAUCUUAUUAAAAUACAAGAUAUAGAAGAUCAGCUUUGUUGUGUAUUGCUUGCAGAAAAGGUACACUCCGGUUAUGAAGCACCUAGAAUUCCACCUAAUAAAAGAAUCUUUACAACCAUCCAUACACCAAGUUGCUUAUUCCAAGAAGUAGAUGAAAGAGCUGUUCCUCUGUUGGGAUACUUACCUCAGGACUUAAUUGGAACUCCUGUUUUACUACAUCUUCAUCCAAGUGACAGAGCAUUAAUGCUAACAAUUCACAAAAAAAUACUUCAGUAUGGCGGACAACCAUUUGAUUAUUCACCAAUCAGAUUUUGUACUAGAAAUGGUGAAUAUGUAACUCUGGAUACAAGCUGGUCCAGUUUCAUCAAUCCUUGGAGUCGAAAGAUUACAUUCAUAAUUGGAAGACACAAAGUUAGAACGAGCCCUUUGAAUGAAGAUGUAUUUGUACCUCAGCACACAGAAGAAAAAAUGCAACAUCCUAAUAUUGAAGAAAUUACAGAGCAGAUACAUAAGCUAUUACUACAACCUAUAUAUAAUAGUGGCUCUAGUGGCUAUGGAAGUUUGGGCAGCAAUGGAUCACAUGAGCACCUAAUGAGUGUGGCUUCAUCCAGUGACAGCAAUGGGAACAAUGAAGAUACUCAGAAGAUACAGAAAACGAAUUCUUCUCAAAAUAUUUGUAAAAAUGGAAGUGUGGACAGAACUCAUGCCUUCUUUAAUUCUAGAUUAAAGCUUGAAAAUCAGAAGAAAUCUUACAGAGAGAAACCCACUGACUACCAUGAUCAUACCAAUAGUACCACUCAACUGUUUGAAAAUGAUGGCAUUGGGACUGCUUGUCAAAGGAGUCUAGUUGCAAAAGAAUCAACUUGGGGAGAACAAAUGACAUAUUCAUAUCAAGAGAUCAACUGUUUAGAUAAUGUUAUCAGAUACUUGGAAAGUUGCUGUGCAGUUGACACUAUGCAGAAAAUGAUUCACCCUACACCAUAUACUGAUGUAGCACUGAAUACUGAUAUACAUAGAGAGAAAAUUAAUGCUGAUACAACAAAAGCAUUCACAGAAAGGGGACAGUCAAAAACUCACAUAGGUCCUGCAGUGUUGGAAACAUCUGACACAUCCAAUGCUUCAGCUCUUAUGGAUGCUCAUUUAACUUCUUUGACUUUUCCUGGACAACCUGAAAGUGUAAUAUCUUUUGUCAGUCAAUGCAGCUACAGCAGCACCAUAGUUCAUGUUGGAGAUAAAAAAACACAGCCCGAAUUAGAAAUAAUAGAAGACAAUCUAUCUGGGAUAAAAUCCACAGACAAUCAAACUAUUUUUCUACAAUCUAACAGUUCAGAAGAGAACAAGGGAAAAGUUAUGUUUAAGAAAUUGGGCCUUACAAAGGAUAGCCUUGCAAUACAUACUCAAAAAGAAGAGUGGAGUUUUCUGAAUAAGUGUAAAGAAAUAAAAAGAUUCCAUAUUUUUAAGUGUGCUUGCAAUUGCUACUUUCAGAAAAAACCCAAAGGAUACCCAGAGGAACAUGAUAUGUGUGGAUUACACCAUGGUUGUGGAAUAGAUUUAUCUUGGAAGAAAAUUGGGAGGAUCAAGAAAUCUAAACAAAAACGACACAAGCAACAUGAUUCUUCAGACAGUAAAACAUCUGGUUCCCAACCCUUGCAUAAAUUUCUUCGGCUUAUCCCAAAUGGUGCAGAUUGUUCUCCAUCAAAAAAUUCACAAGCAAGUCAUCCAACUGUGCCAGUUUCAACAAUUAUGCCCACAGUUUUUCCAUCUACAGGAAUCACGCCAUCGGGUCCUGAAGUUUCGCUAUCUUAUUUUAAUGAAACACAGGAUUUCAAAAAACAUUGUCCUCUGCCAUUAACUGAGCUUGUUCCUCCCUUAAUGACUCCAGUAGUAGCACUUGUUCUCCCUAACUCUAUAUGUCCUCAGACACACAAUAGUAUUCCUCAGACAUCUUGUCUUGGGCCAUCUGGUAUUUCUGUUCAGCCUUCUUUCUCUUCACAAACUUUGCUUACAACACCUCCUUCAUUUGCUACCUCAAACAAUGUGCCUCCUGAGGCACAUUUUUCCACGCAACCAUUUUGUUAUAAUUCUCUAGCAUAUAGUGAAAAGAAUCCUGUUGUAGAAUGCCAAAAUAAGCUGUCCCAUUCCUGUACACCAGAGUCCCUGGGUCUACAAGAUCAGUCCUCAACGUUGUUCCAGUCACGAUGCAGUUCUCCUUUACAGUUGAAUCUUCUGCAAUUGGAAGAAAUGCCAAAAACGUUAACAAAUGGAAGUGUUGCUAUAGAGGAAAAAUAUGAGACUUUAACUGAUGGAGAGAUUGCAAAUAAACAAUUAAGCAGUAAUGAUAAAAGAAAAGCAUCUUGUUCUGUUAACGCACCACUGGAACUUCAGAAUAGUGAUGCCUUUUCUUUAUCUAUUGACCUACUUGAUUUACUUCAAGAAGACACAAAUUCAGUCACUGGAUCUGUUUCAUCUGCAAGUUUUGCUUUAGCAGCUGCUGAGUCUUUAGAUUCUGGAUCAAGUGGAUGUGAUAUAUCAAUCUGUGGAGCAGGAUGUAGUGAGACAAAUCAUGUCAGCAAGUAUAUUGGAAGUAUUAACUCCUCAGAAAAUAAUCCUAAAACAAAAUGUUCACAAAUGGAAGAUGUACAGUACACUAAAAGUGUUCUCCAGGAUCCUCUCUGGCUCUUGAUGGCAAAGGCAGAUGAUACUGUUAUGAUGACUUACCAGAUUCCAUCACGAAAAUUGGAAACUGUUUUGAAAGAUGACAAAUUGAAACUGAAACAAAUGCAGAUGUUCCAGCCAAUAUUUACGGAGGACCAAAAAAGGGAGUUACUUGAAGUUCAUCCAUGGAUUCAUAAAGGUGAACUCCCUCAGGCUCUUGCAAAUUCGCUUUGUGUUAAUUGUGAAGAAAAUAGCUGACCUUACAUACAAAAUGAAGGAAAAAUUGAUGAAAUGAAGCUUAAUGAAUGAGGUGGUGAGAAUAGUUCGCUCAUCCUGAACCAAUUCAACAGUCACAAUGUGUAAUGAAAAUAAUUUCAAAAUCAUCUGCUUCCAACUAAGGCAAAUGCAUCACUUGAUCUUAAAGGUUAAGUUUGUUUCUUGUGAAAUGAAUCUCAUUACAAACAAAUGGAUUUUUUGUUCUAAAAAAAGAUCAUUUGUUAACAAUCUCUUUAUGGGGGCAUGUCUUUCUAUUACUGUGAACAAUUUCUGAAAAUGAUUGUUUGCAUUUAAUCUUUUCAAUUUUAAAUGUUUACAUUUAAAGUUAUAGUGUAUUAAAAUUAUAGAAAAUACUACUAAAACGUCACUGGUUUCUAUAAAAAAAUAUAAAAAAACACCAUGCAUCCUAACAUUUCUUUCCUGUCUUUUUUUUCCUAUAAUAUCAACUAUAUAUUUCCACUUUUGAAAUAUUUUAAAUGAUUUUGAAAUUAAUAGUUAGUAGAUCAAAUAUUUUACAAGUAUUUCAGUUAUAAAAUAACUCCACUGUUAACCAUUAAAUACAUUUUGAUUUACUGCUAUGUUUUAAAUGCAAUAACAGUAGCUUAUUCUUCUGUAAUCUCCACAUCUGAAGGAGAAAAAUUUUUCAGGUCAGAAAAUAAUACAUGUUUGUAAUAAUGUGAUUUUAAUUGUUGCAUUUUGUAUUUGGUAAAUAUUAUAAUUUGUUCCAUUGUUCCAUUUGUCACUUUUGUUUUAGAAACAUAUUUCUCUAUAUAACUGUAAAAAUAUGGUAAUGCCUCAGAAUGAAUUUUUAUGUCCUUUCUUUUAAGUCACAGGUCACUUUUAAAGUCAUAUUCUAUACUGAAAUAAUUACCCAGCAAGGAGAAUCUAAUCUUAACAUUGACAAUAAUUUCUUAAGUGUGAUAACAGAAUAUUGUAUUUAUUGUAAAGGAAUGUCACACA